AUGGACGACGGCGAACCUUCUACCGGAAGCAGCUGCAGCAGCGGCGGAGGCGGAGGCGGAGGGAACUGGACGAACGAGAAGCACGUGAAUUUCUUGAACUCGAUGGAGGCCACCUUCGUUCGUACAAUGCUAUUUGAAAACCACAACUCGUCCUUCCACCGCCACCACCACCACCUCCGCCUCGAUCGGUGCCUGCCGGACAGCUUGGAGUCAACUCUCGACUCCGCCAAAUCACGGCGGCAGAAGAAGUCCCCGAUCGGCUCCGCCGCCACCUCAUCAGAUUCGGUCGGGUCGAGAAGCAAAUUGAGGUGGAGGAAUGGACACAAGAAAUCAAGAAGAUCGACGAUGUCGUCUUCUCAUACUCGUAAUCAGAAUACUCAAACCGGCAAUUCAUCAUCACACGAUCAGGUGGUGCCGCAGCUUGAUAAGAGGAACGGCGAUAACGACGAAAGAGAUUCCUCCAAAGGGUAGUGCAUGAUAGCUAGCUAUAGCAGAAACAAUGUCUACAGCCUGAGGAAGAACAAGAUAUACAAGCCCGGCUAUCUACU